UACUUUACAGAUUUAUCAUUCAUCAUCAAAGUGGCGGAUAUUGCGUAGGAAUAACUACCAGGCAUGAAAAAAAAUCGAGGCAGCAUAAUGCUCAACCAUCCGAGAAAACCAUAAACAAAAAGUCCACCGAAGCUGGCUGAGAUUGAAGAGAGAAAGCUUGUUCGGUAGUUGACGAAUCAUGGGAAAUAAUAGCAGCUCUCAUCAACAUUCUGCAUCUCAGGAAAUGGGCCGUGGAUGGACACAGUCAUUUCCGAGAGAGUUCACGAGACAUCACUCCCAACCCCCUGGGCAUAAAGUCUUACCUGAGCCACCCAAUCAAAAGCUUCGUGCUACCAAUAAUGGCAAUAUCAUUCACAACGGUGGAACUAUAAGUGGUCGCCGACCCACCGCUUUAACUCUGCCGCAUGAUCUUAAUAAGCAAGGAAUUUAUAGAAGCAGAAGUACAUCAGCAUCGCACUUGGGAGAAUCUCGAUCUCGAAGCAGUGAUCAACGGAACCAACAUUGCUGCACUGGUCACUUUCGCCCGUGUGAUGGUAGCUGUCGUGUCAAUGAAAUGGUCGAGUUAAAGAGAUUUGGUAGUGAACCCGACCUUAGAUAUUCACCAACAGAACCACGCCGUCAAACUGAAAUUCGUAAUUCUAGUUAUUAUCCUGAACGAGAGUCAAAAGAACGAGAAAGUCGUUAUCGUGGUAAAAAGAAGUACAAAGCACCACCGCCUCCAGGAAUGAACGGUGAUGGUUCAUCGCCAGAUUCAUACAAGUGGGAAGUGAUUGGUCAAGAUCGUGAUAAUAGUAGACAUGAGGAUGAAUCUGGAUCGAGGGAAAUUCAACCACCUCCUAGGAAAUCGCGAUUAUUUAAAACUCGAGCUGAAACAAAGAGACUUCAAAGUAACUGGACAACACCCUCCUUGUCGCAACAAGAGUGUAGUGACAGCAUUCUUGAGAAUGAACGAAGAUGGUCCAACGAGAAACAGCGAGCAUCCGGCAAAGAAAACCGACCCGUCUGGAGGGAGUAUCAUGAGCAGGAUCGAUGGUCGCGGGAAGAUAGAAGAAGAUCUAAGAAGUUUGACGGCAAGAAUACUCUUCAACGAAGUCUUAGUAGUCCUGAAUUCCAAGCUGAGCUGAUGCAGGUAGCUAGAAAAGUGCGCAAUAAACUUAAUUAUAAUCAUCGUGUAGGACCUGUUGGUGCUUCAAUGAAUGAACAAAAAAGUGAACCACAACUUUCAAAAUCUACCACUUGUCUCAACUCUCAUAAAGAUCAACGUAUGGAGAGAAAAUCCGCACGAUCUAAAACUGACUUGAAUGAUUUUCGAAUUAAUAAACGUAAAAGUAGAAGUAUUGAACAGUUUACUAACAGUAAUAAUAAUAGUAAUAGAUGUGAGGAGAUUCGAACUUGCUCUCGAUUCUAUGAAGAAAAGAAAUUUCAAGAACGAAGCAGAAGUGAGAACAGAGUAAUUAGGAGCGAGGAAGUGCGUUCUUAUGAGGAACGUAGGAUGGAUAGUCCUCGGGAUAGUAAGAGAUCUAAUGAUCUUGAAGAACGGUCACUAGAAAAUGGAGUAAACAGAAGACGAAUCUUGGAAAAGUCAACAACCUAUGAAGAAAGUAUUAUAACGAAUAGAAAUGGUGAAGAUAUUUCUACGAGAAAAUCAGUGAAUAAUAGGGUAGAAAAUUUUAGUCACUCUCAGGAUGAAAAAAUGAGUGAUAGACAACGACGAGAAUUCGAGAAGAGGAAUGAAAAAAAUAAGACUAAUGAAAUUUUUAUUUCUAAAAAUAAGAAAAACAUUGAAGAACUCACAGGGACGAGGUCAGAGAGCCCUGCAAUGUUACAAUCACGAGAUAGAAUGGAGGCUAGAGGUCAAGGCUCUGGUCAAGAGAGUACACCAGAGCCGCCGCGGGGCAAGGAAAAGAAAGUCAUAGAAAAUAGAAAAAAGAGAUUAGACGUGAAAGAAGAGAACAACUACAGAGACAAUGAGAAGAGAUGGUCAGAAGGGCCGAUUAAGACUGAAAAAAUCCAAAUCAAGUCUUACGAAAAAAACAUCAUUAGAGAGACGAAAGAAAUAGAGGAAAAAAAUUGGAAUUCAAGCAACGGGAUUUCUUCCAAGCCAAAAGAAAAUUCAAAAGCAUUUUAUCUACAAAACAAAGAAUAUUCUAAAUCACACCAAAAUUUACACAGUGAUUUAGAUGAGGCUAAAAAUCAGCAUGAAGAUAUUGCGUUAAAAUUACGUCCCACAUUGCCGAAAAAACAGCUAGAGAUACCGAGAUUUUCGCCAUCUGCUGCAUGGAGAUUAUUAUCUGCUUUAGAAACGCCUGGGCCAAAUAUGAGCACAGCAAGCGAAGAAGUUCCAGUGAUGUAUGAAGAAAGGAUUGAGAGAAUGUCUAGACCACCCCGCCCGUUAAUUGCCUUGGGUCCAAGAAGUUCUCAUGAUAAAUCUGGAGAUUCCGGGGUUUCUUGUGAUGCUGGUGCUCCAAACGAAGGUUCUCCUGAUGUCAGUGCGCACAGAUCAAAGACUCAAACAACCAGACCCACAUGGACGCCUCAACAAGAUUUAGGAGAAGAAUCUAGCAGCGAUGCUGGUGUUGAUUCUCCACCACCAAUGCCUCCAGGCGCACGAUUCCCACCAAGAGCUCAUAUAUUUUCUCUUUCAUUACCUCGAGAUGAUAAUCGUCACUGUGUUUAUACUCCUGAAAAAAGUAAAGACAAUACUUCCUUUAAUUCACUGCAGAAAAUUAAGAGAUCAGUAUCUGGUGCUUUUGGAUUGGGCAAUGGAGAGUUUGAAAGAAAACAUUCUGGAGAAACUCUUGAUGAUAAUUGGCUAUUAUCUACUAGUGCUCCAACAUCUUUACAGCACAAUCAAGUGAAUCAAAUGAAUCAUCGAGAAACUGGAAUCAAUUCCUCGCCUGCUUGGGACACAAAUUAUCCUGCAGAAGACUUUGAAGAUGAGACUCUAGACUAUCCGGAUGAAAAAGCUGAUUUUCCUGUUGUGAUGAAGCCACCUUCUUUCUCUUAUCUUGCCUCUGGAGGACAUGUCAUGUAUUUACCUGCAUCUAAUGCCACUGAGCAUCGAACUCAAAGUCUGAAUUAUAAAAAUUCCGCUGGAGAAAUUUGUGGUAAAUUGAACAAUUUAGAUACAAAAAAUAAUAAAAUAUCAGAAUUAAAUAAAAACAUUAAUAAAGCAAAUGAAUUUAUUAAUGGGUUCAACAACGGAUUUCACAAUAAAUUUUCUUCAGAAAAAUCGAAAGAAUCGUUGAACCUUUAUAGGGAGAGGUCAUUCACAGAAUUAGGAAAUAAAAAUAAAAAAUAUUCCAACUUUUCGAAAUCUUGUGAAAAUAUUUCUGAAAUGAAGCAAAGAAGUUCUUCUCCAGUUAAUGGUCCAGAAAGUUUACAAGAUAAGAAGAAUGACACGGAAAAUGUCAAAGUCACCAUAAAACCAAAUCCAAAAGGCAAGAGAUUUACGUUCCAGUCUACUGUAAGACAAAUAGAGCGACGUAGAUUGGCUGAAAAACUUUCUCGUGAGGCUGAGGCUAAAGAACGGCAGAGAAAGAGCGAGCUUGAGGCAAUGCGGAAGGUCGAAGAAGAAUUUCAAAGAAAGAGAGCUAAAGAAAAAGCUAAUAUUAGGCAACAGCUCAGACUUUAUAGUAUGGAUGAAAAUUCUAGCAGUUUACCUCCGCCAUCAGACAGUUCUCAUAUGUCUCGUGCAGAUCCAGAUGGUGCUCCAUCUUCAUCAGCCUCAUCUCCAACUUCAGCACCACCCGGAAAGCUGAUAAACAAUCGGAAAGGCAGUGUCAGCAGUGAUGAAUAUCACAGAAAAAAAGAAUGCCGUGUUCAGCAGAAGCAAGAGCCUAGAGAGUACAAGGAUUACCGACCAAAAUAUUACGAUUGGGCACCAAAUACCGAGUCUUCUUCACAUCUCGAGGUCAAGCAGACUACGGUUCAUCCAAAGAUUGUAUGUGACAUUCCUAAGAGCUCUCACGUAUUCGUUGAUGCGAAUAUUCACACAGGGAAACAUGCCAAUUUAAAUUCUACACCUCGUUCAGAUAAUUACAGGAAAGAUUUUGCGCACGGCGCAGUAGCUGCAAAAUCAUCAUUAGCAAGUAGCGAUAGUGAAUUGUCACAACCAAAUACUCGACCACAUUCUCGACAAAAUGGAAAUAAAAAUAGUAAACCUAUUCGUUCUAGGGAAGAAGCUUUAUCAUCGAAGGCUGAAACAGAACAAGAAGAAAAAACAACGUUAACUAGGUCAGUCAGUUCAGCAAGAAGCUCUGAAGUUGCCAGCUCUGAAGAAGAAACACCUGUGGAAGCUAUUCAACAGCAACGUAAUCAUGUGAAUAUGAACAACGGUUUUAUUUUAAAUGCUGUUCAGCCGUUUGUAAGAGAAAAAAGUUAUCGGCCUAUUACUUUCAAUCCUCAGCCACCACCACCAAUUCCUACUUUGACAUGGGCAAAAAGUGUUCUUGGUGCUGCUUAUUACAACAUGACAACAUCGGAAUUGUUUAUCAUGGAAGAUACUGUUGAAGAUGGAUUUAGUUAUAACAUUACAAAAGUUCUAUAUCGACAAAUUCAACCACGUUACGUUCUCAUAAUAAAUGGUACACCUGAAUCAUUUAUUAAUGUCAUAAAAAAGAUAAUUGUAGAAGAUAGAACUGAUGAGGAAGAUCAAUCUUCUCCAUCAAACUCUUCAUAUGUUAACCGAAUGGCUGGAGCUGUAUUAAAAUUUUUACCUAAAAAUGACAACACUUAUGAGAAUUGCUUUCAUCGUGUUCGAUGUUUAAAAUUGGAAUGUGAACCAGAAAAUGCUUCUAAUGCAGAGAGAAUAAUUUUUUUAAAUUCUCUAUUUAAUUUUAAAUCAUGUUUAAUGAUUCAAGCUUUAGGAGUUCUUUUGCGAUAUUUAGAUGAAAAUUGGAAUAGAUUAUCUUUAAAUCCAUCAGGACAGGCCCAAUUCGUUACAAUUAAUACGAUAAAGCUUAAAGAUUUAGUGAUGAUUGAAGAAAAUACUUAUAGAAUAUUAAAUAUUAUUCGAUCAAGAUUUCAUCCCAGUUUAUUUAAACAUGGAGUAUCAUCCAAAAGUCAAGGAACAAGUCUUUUCACAUUUUUAAAUCGAUGUCAAUCACGUGCUGGUUCUCUUUACUUAUGGAAAUUGAUGAGACAUCCAACAAGAAAUAUUGAAAUUCUUCAUGACCGUCAUCGAGCUAUUGAAUUUUUUUUGCAUAUUGAUAAUCAAAAUGUUAUUGAGACUAUGAAGUCAUGUUUAAGACAAGUUUAUCGUGUCCCUUCAUCGGUACUUAAUAAAUAUUCAUCAACACAAGCCAAAGCAACAGAUUGGAGUCGAUUUAAUACGACUUUAUCAAAUGUUAUUCAUAUUUCUGAAAUUUGUUCACAAUAUCGAAAUGUAGCAUCUAUCUUUGGUAAAAUAGCUGAUUCUGCCAUCGAAGGGAUUCAUUACACUCGUUACUUUAUUGAUCAUAUAAUAGAUUUUGAAAUGAGUAAAAAACAAAGGAAAUUUAUUGUAAAAGCUGGUGUUGAUACUAGACUUGAUGAGCUAAAUCAUAUAAAACGAACACUCCCACAACGAUUAACAGAAGCUGCAACGAAAGAAUUAGAACAUUUGCCGGAGAAUGUUGAAACUUGUCGUAUAAUUUAUGUGCCUGAUAUUCAGUAUUGUUUAGGUAUUACUUCGUGGACUGGUCCUCCACUCGAAGAUGAAAUGUUACCUAAUUUGGAAUUUAAGUUUGAUAUUAAUAAUGUUCGGUAUUAUAAGAGUCAAGGAACAAAAGAAUUAGAUGAAGAAAUAGGUGAUAUUGCCCUUGAAAUAACACGUCAUCAAAGUCAAAUAAUGCUGAGACUGAUAAAUUAUGUAAAUAAAAAUAUUGGAGCAAUCUUGCAUCUCAUCGAAUACUGUGCUGAGCUAGACACGCUUCUAUCAUUUGCCCAGGUGGCUAGAGAUCAUAACUAUGUAAAACCAGAAAUAAUCAAAGCUCAUGUGAUUGAUAUUAAAGGUGGUCGUCAUCCUUUGACAGAAUUACAUGGAAAUUUCGUAGCAAACGAUACAUUUUCCGGAAAUGAAGGAAGCCUAAUAAAAAUUUUUACCGGUCCUAAUGCAUGUGGAAAAACUGUAUAUUUGAAACAAGUAACUUUACUUGUUUAUAUGGCUCACAUUGGAUGUUUUUUACCUGUAGAAUCAGCAACAAUUGGUGUUGUUACUCAUAUCUUGACACAAAUACCAACCAUUGAGAAUAGUUCUCAAAAUGCAAGUUCAUUUCUUAUUGAUUUGCGUCAAGUGCAUAAUAUUCUCUAUUCAUCAACACCAAACAGUUUGAUUAUAAUGGAUGAAUUUGGAAAAGGUACUGCUGAAAUAGAUGCAUUAGCACUGUUAACUAGUAUUUUGCAAAGCUUUAUCGAUCGAGGAAAAUACUGUCCUCAUGUUUUUGUUGCUACUCAUAUUCAUCGAGUUAUUGAAUUACUAUCUGAAAUACCUAUUGUCGAAGCUCAGACGUUUGAAUUCAUGUUAAGCGAAAAUGAUACGCUUGUAUUUCUCUAUCGAUUGAUUUCUGGAAAUGUUACUUAUAGUUUUGCUCAUGCAAUCGCUCAGAGUGCUAAAUUAUCAUUGAAAAUAGUUGAUAGAGCUAAAGAAGUGUUUCAAUAUAUGAAGGACGGAAAAUUACCUCCUUAUAAACCAAAACUCAAUGAACAUAAUGCAAUUAAAUACAUUGUAAAUAAUUAUCAAGAUGAACCAGAGAAUGCAAUUAAUUUGAAUAUACUCCAGCAAAAAAUUGAGCAAGCAAUACUUGAGAGGCAUUAAAAUUAUCGUGAUUUUGUUCAAAAAUUAUUUUUAUUUAUUUUGUUAAUUAACGUUCUAUUAAAAUUAAUAAAAAACUUUUUGUUAGAUA